AUGGGGUUUUUCCACAUGGAUUCUGCCUGGGAAGUUCAUGCUCUGAGAAUCUCAGACAUCAAAGUCAUCGGGGCCAUUGGGAACCUGAAAACUACCCCAGAUGCAAGGAUGAUCCCGAAACAGCAAAAAUGGACUGAGAGAAACCAAAUGCAGGAAUGCACGCAAAUAGUGACAGUUCUUUCAGAUUUUAUCAAGAGGUUCAAUCCAUCUGUCUUGCCACUUUCAUGCCCAACUGAUGAGGAUGCUUCACCAAGAGUCGGAAAUGAAGACCUGAGGGUCCAGGCCAGAGAACUGGUACAACACAUGAAAAAGAAUGAGCAAGUGGAUUUUAAUAAUGACUGGAAGCUCAUCAAUGUUUUCUUCAAUGCCCAGAACCAGUGUCAUCCCUGUUCCUCCAGUCAACAGGAGGAUCACAUGACCAGCAGCAUGCAAGAACUCACUAGAAUCUUGGACUAUUUGCAUCAGGAGGUCCCCAAAGCCUUUGUGAUUCUGGUGGAUACCUCGGAGGCUGAGAAUGCAUCUUUAUCACAUCAGGAUCAUGGAACCAGGGGCCUGAAUGAGGUGUGUGAGUGUACAGAGGAGCCUUUCCGACUGACCACAGUUAUGCAGAGAUGGUACUAUCAGAACUCAUGGGAAAAAUUCCUGGCCUCAGGCAGGUAUGACACACAGGAUACUUUCACAGCAAUUUAUCAACCUUUCCUGCAGGAGGUGGAUCCUUCUCUUUUCUUGGGGAAACAGGCUUCUGGUCACUUCCUGAGCAAGUCUUCGGUUGCCCGUGCCUUGAGUCUGUGGAAUAGCAUGAUGGAUCCAACAGGAAAGAAAGAAGAGUUAAUUCCAGCAGGAAAAGGAAUUCCAAUUAAGUGUCCUACCCAGGAAUGUCCCUAUCUAUUCACCUACAGAAAUAGUAAAUACCUCCCUAUCUCACCAAAAACCACCAGGAAGACUGAGAUGAAAGAAGGAUCAGAAGUUCGAUGUCCUGAUAUGAAUCCCUCCAACGUGGUGCCCACUUCAGUUCAUAAUUUGCGACCUGCUGACAUCAAGGUGAUUGGAGCCCUGGGAGAUUCACUUACUGCAGGUAAUGGGGCAGGAUCCAGUCCUGGCAAUGUCCUUGAUGUCUUAACUCAAUACCGAGGUCUCUCUUGGAGUGUUGGAGGGAAUGAGAACAUCAGCACCGUCACCACCCUAGCAAACAUCCUUAGGGAAUUCAACCCAUCACUGAUUGGCUUCUCCACGGGCACUGGAAACCAAAACAGUGCGGCAGCCUUCCUGAACCAGGCAGUGGCAGGAGCCCGAGCAGAGGAUCUGCCUAGCCAAGCUAGGAGAUUGGUGAAUCUGAUGAAGAAUGAUACGAGAAUCAAUUUCCAAGAGGAUUGGAAGAUAAUAACUCUCUUCAUAGGAGGAAAUGACCUUUGUGACUCCUGCAAUAACCUGGUUCACUAUUCUCCUCAGAACUUCACAGGAAACAUUGGAAAGGCUUUGGACAUCCUCCAUGAAGAGGUACCUCGGGCCUUUGUGAAUCUAGUAACUGUGCUAACAAUUUCCAGCCUGAGGGAGCUGUACCAAGCAGAGAAAGUCUACUGCCCAAGGCUGAUACUCAGGUCCCUGUGCCCUUGUGUGCUGAAGUUUGAAGACAAUUCCACGGAACUCGCCACCCUCAUCCAGUUGAAUAAACAAUACCAGGAGGAAACUCACCGACUGGUUGACAGUGGAAAAUAUGAUACUAAGGAUGAUUUCACAGUGGUUUUGCAGCCAUUUUUGGAGCACGUGCCUAUGCCAAAGACCUCGGAGGGGUUGCCUGACAGCUCUUUCUUUGCCCCAGACUGUUUCCAUUUUCACAGCAAGACCCAUGCACGUGCAGCCAGGGCUCUCUGGAACAACAUGCUGCAACCAGUUGGAGAGAAGAAUAAUGAAGAACGGUUUGAAAACAUGAUUGAUCUAAUUUGCCCUAGUCAGAAUCAGCCCUAUCUCCGAACCUACAAGAACAGCAAUUAUACCUAUCCAACAGCAACAGCAACAACCACAGCAGCAGCAGUUUAUGGCAGCCAGCUUCAGUGUGAAGACAGAGCCCCGUCUACCUCCCUCCCCACCUCAGUACAUGCUCUGAAACCAGCAGACAUUCAAGUCGUUGCAGCUGUGGGUGAUUCUCUGACUGCUGGAAAUGGAAUUGGCUCAAAACCAGAUGAUCUUCCUGAUGUCAGCACUCAAUAUCGGGGAUUAUCAUAUAGUGCAGGAGGUGAUGCCUCACUAGAAAGUGUGACUACCUUGCCUAAUAUCCUCCGAAAGUUUAAUAGGAACCUAACAGGCUUCGCAGUGGGCGUGGGGAGUGCUGAUGAUGCCAACGCCUUCCUCAAUCAGGCGGUCCCAGGAGCAAAGGCUGAGGACCUUAUAAAGCAAGUCCAAACCCUGGUGCAGAAGAUGAAAACUGACCAGAGAAUUGAUUUCCAAAGAGACUGGAAGGUGGUUACUCUGCUUAUUGGGACCACUGACCUCUGUGACUACUGCACUGACUCAAAUUUAUAUUCAGCCACCAAAUUUUCUGCUCACCUCCGAAAUGCCUUGGACUUCUUGCACAGAGAGGUACCCAGAGCCUUGGUCAAUCUCGUGGACUUUCUGAACCCCAUGAUCCUGCGGCAGGUGUUCCUCGGUAACCAAGAUAAGUGUCCAAUACAACAGGCAAGCUUUUUGUGUAACUGCCUCCUGAUGGUCAGAGAAGGAUCUCCAGAGCUGGCCAGAAUGAAAGAAGUCAUCGAGGACUACCAGAGCAGCAUCCGACACUUGGUGGAGUCAGGCCAUUAUGACACUAGAGAGGACUUCACGGUGGUACUGCAACCUUUUAUUGAAAACACCAGUCUUGCCUUCCAACCGGAUGGAAGCCCAGAUGUCUCCUUCUUUGCACCAGACUGUAUCCACCCAAAUCAGAAAUUCCAUUCCCAGCUUUCCAGAGCCCUUUGGAACAAUAUGCUUCAACCACUAGGGAAGAAGAUGAAUUUCCUGGAUUUGGCAGCAGAUAUAGCUCUAUCCUGUCCAACCCAGGAGGAGCCCUUCCUGAGGACCUACAGGAACAGUAACUACACAUACUCAGCCAAUCCUACUAUUGAGAACUGGGGCAGUGACUUCCUGUGCCUUGAGCAGGGCUCAUCCAACAGUGGUCCCACAUCAGUCCACCAACUUCGGCCCGCUGACAUCAAGGUGGUUGCAGCUCUGGGAGAUUCACUGACUACAGCUUUAGGAGCUGGAGCAACAAACAUCACUAGCCUGUCCACAGCUUGGAGGGGAGUGUCCUGGAGCAUUGGAGGAGAUGGAAUCUUAGAAACUCACACCACUUUGCCAAAUAUUUUGAAGAAAUUUAAUCCCUCUCUGCAUGGAUUUUCUACUGGCACUGAGAAGGAGACCGCUGGAUUAAAUGUAGCAGUGGGAGGGGCCUUGGCACAGGACCUGCCAAGCCAGGCCCGUGAACUAGUGGACAAAAUGAAGAACAGCUUGGAAAUCAACCUGGAACAAGACUGGAAGCUGAUCACGAUCCUUAUUGGAAGCAAUGAUCUCUGUCAGUACUGUGAAAACCCGGAGGCCCACUCAGUGAAAAAUUAUGUACAGUCCCUCCAACAAGCACUGGACAUCUUCUAUAAAGAGCUGCCUCGAACUUUCAUCAAUGUGGUAGAAAUUAUGGAGAUGGUUGAUCUACGCCAGAUACAAGGGGGAAAAUGUGAAGUGACAACUGAAUCCAUUUGCCCUUGCUUUGGACGUUCCCUGGAUAAUUCUCUUGAACUGCAAGAAAUGAAGGACAUUAAUAGACACUUCCAGAGUGGCAGCUCAAUGAUUACCUACAGUCACCAAUACAUGGAGCGGGAGGACUUCGCUGUGGUGGUGCAGCCAUUCUUUCAAAGCACUGUGGUCCCAUUGGAUGAUAAAGGAAAGCCAGACCUGAGCUUCUUCUCUGUGGAUUGUUUUCACUUCUCUGAGAGGGGACAUGCAGAGAUGGCCAUUGCCCUCUGGAACAAUAUGUUGGAACCAGUGGGCCAGAAGCAGACCUACAACAACUUCACUUAUAGCAGGACAAAAGUCAAGUGUCCAACUUCUGACAACCCCUACUUCUAUACCUUGAGGAAUAGUGGGCCACUUCCACAGGAAAACAACACGGCCUCCAGGGUUCCCUACUGGGCCGUGCUGGUUGCUGCUGCUGCCAGCUUCGUGGCUACUCUGGUUCUGGUGCUGGUAUGGAGGACCAGGAAAUGCUCCCGGAAAGAAGAGCGCCCUAUAAACCUGGUGUCCACGGUUUUUUAA